AUGGCGGGUCCGAACGUGAUUCAGUCUGAGGAGCAUAUUUUUAAGAUGUGUCGUCAAAUUAAGCAAGUUACUGACAGCGUUGGAAUCAAGCUAGUUUUUAAGUCAAGUUUCGAUAAAGCAAAUCGAACGAGCGCGAAAUCCUUUCGUGGACCGGGAAUCGAUGAGGGUUUAAAGGUACUUCAUUCUGGAUUUAAAGAGUUCAUUAUUGGAGAGUUCCCCAAAAUUUAG